CGUCUCAAAAAAGCAAACCAAAAAAAAAAAAAAGACUCAACUGAGAAGUUUUGACGCGCAUACGCUCAGGCCCACUCCCAGAUCUGAUGUUACCGGUCUGACUCGCAACGCGCUCACCAGGACACUUCAGAGCUCCCUAGGUGCUUCCCAGCCCAACUCUUCCACCCGAGGGGAGCCUGCGAAAGGCAAGUCGGUUCCGGGUUGGGACCUCUUAGAAAUCAGAUUGGGAGAGGGGGGCUAUCAAUCAUAAUCAUGACCAGUCACCCGCUUUCACUAGAAGGAAUGGGCGGGACUCUACGUCCUGGUCCGGAACGCCGUUUCCUUGGCGACGACGUAGGUCCACGCCCCCGCCUUUUAGGUGUAGCCGGCCUCUGUUUCUAUGACAACCGAAACCCCUACCCCGCUUUCUCCGCAGCGUCAAAGCGGGAUAUGACGGGACUACGUUUCCCAGCAGUCCCCGCGCGGGUUCCCGCCUGCGCUUGCUGUGGCCGGGUCCCUCAGUGCCGCGGCGGCCCGGAGGUGGCGGGAGGACGGCUCCGCGCUGCAUGCGGGGCGGGGACCAGGGGACCCGUGCGGGCCGCCUCCAGAGAAUGAGGCUGCCAGCCUUGAGAGCACCACCGUUACCUGGUUGAAGAGGGGAGGGGAUGCCCAGCAUUGGCCUCUGCAGCGUGGAUCUCCUGGCCAGGCUCUCAGCUGUCAGAUCCUACAACCAGAACUCUGCGCCCCAGGAUGGAGGCUCCAGCCCAGAAGGCUGGGCAGGGAGGGACCCCCAAGGCCGAUGCCCAGGGUGCCUCUGGGGCCCGGGAGAAGAGGCCCGAGGAGCCGAGGCUCCUCGAAGAGGACCGAGCUGGGAGCCGCCCCACUCAAAAGGGGGACCUGCGUGGAGCGGCGGGCGGUAGGACGACUCCCCCAGGCGGGGGCUGCAGCCUCGGGGUGAGCCCCGGCCCGGGGACCCGGCACAGCGCCGGGACCAGACCCCUCGUGCGGGAGCCGUGCGGCUCCACCUCUUCUCAGGACCCUGAGCUAGUUAUCCCCGAGGGGCUGCAGGCCCGGGAGGGCCCCUGUAGGAGCCCGGCGCGUGGCGGGGACUGCAGCAGGAACUCCUGCCUGGCGCGGCAUCGCGGGGCGCCCGCUGGGGAGACGCCACCCGUGUGUGAACCCUGUCCAGAGCGGCUCCGGAACCGCCCCCGGACUCAACUGUGUGAGGUCCACACGGACUGUUGGCCGUGCCAACCGGGGACUGGCGCUCCGACCCGCCCGAGGACCCCAAAGCCGACCUCCCGCGGGAGGAGCCCCCUGGUGGAGCAGCCCCGGGCUUGCGCGUGCGGCGAGGCCUUUGCGUGGAGGGCCCUGCGGAUCCCCCAGGAGAGGCUGCAGGCGACGGAGGAGCCCCGUCCGUGUGCCCGGUGCGGGAAGCGCUUCCGCCCCAACCAGCAGCAGCAGACGGGCAAGGGCCCCCCAGUGUGUCCUGAAUGCGGCCAAACCUCGCGACCUCGCCCGAUUGUCCCCGAUCCUCCGGCCCAGCGACUGUACGCUUGCGACGAGUGCGGCAAGGCCUUCACGCGCACCUCCAGCCUGCUGCAGCACCAGCGUAUCCACACGGGCGAGCGGCCCUACGAGUGCGCCGAGUGCGGCAAGGCCUUCGUGCGCUGCUCCGGCCUGUACCGCCACCAGAAGACGCACUCGGACGAGCGCCACCGGCGCGGCCCCGUCCUGGCCCGGCGCGCCUUCCGUCUAGGGUGCCCGCCCUGCGGGGACUGCAGCGAGCGGAGUCCCCGACGGGGGUCGGGAACUGGGGAGAAGCCGUACGAGUGCGCCGACUGCGCCAAGGCCUUCGGGCUGUUCUCGCACCUCGUGGAGCACCGGCGCGUGCACACCGGCGAGAAGCCCUACGCGUGCCCCGAGUGCGGCAAGGCCUUCAACCAGCGCUCGAACCUGAGCCGGCACCAGCGCACGCACAGCAGCGCCAAGCCCUACGCGUGCCCACUGUGCGAAAAGGCCUUCAAGGGCCGCUCGGGCCUGGUGCAACACCAGCGCGCGCACACCGGCGAGCGGCCCUAUGGCUGCCCCGAGUGCGGCAAGACCUUCCGCGGCUGCUCCGAGCUGCGCCAGCACGAGCGCCUGCACUCGGGCGAGAAGCCCUACAUCUGCCGCGACUGCGGCAAGGCUUUCGUGCGCAACUGCAGCCUGGUGCGCCACCUGCGCACGCACACGGGCGAGCGGCCCUACGCGUGCGGGGAGUGCGGCCGCGCCUUCAGCCAACGCUCCAACCUCAACGAGCACCAGAAGCGGCACGCGGGCCGCGCCGCGCUUUGACUGCAGGGAGUCAACAGUCGACGCGUCGCCCAAGCGAACCCUGCGUCGAGGAGGGGCCUUUGUCCCGGAAAACCCACCAACGUUUGUAACCUUGAUUAAACUUCACUUUGUACAC